AAGGAUAACAGAGAGUUUAACGAACAAGUUGAAAAAAGCUAGUAGCGUCGACUAAACAGUAAAUUAAACAAAACCAUGGCACUACAAUCGCCACCGGUGCAAGUGGGUGCUAUGGAACCGCAUCUGCGACUACAGAAGCUCGUCGCCGACAGCCAGCGUGUUUCGAUCGACUCGACAAUGCCCAUCAACCGAUACUACCGUUCCGGUAGCCAGAUCGUCGAAACAGCCGAUCGGUCGCUGCGGGAAGGCAACUUCGAAAAGGCAUUCACUUUCUACCUGCGUUACGUGACGAUAUUUGUGGAGCUCAUACUGAAACAUCCGGGUUAUCGAUCGGUGCUACCACAUGACAAAAAUCAGACGAAAACAAAGAUCAAGGAAAUUCUCCCGAAGGCGGAGAACAUCCGCGCGAAGCUGUUGGAGCGGUACGAAGGCGAGUACCAGCUCUACCUGCAGCAGAUUCGUUUAGAAGAGAAUAAGCUAGCAGAGGAACGUGCUCGUACAGCCGCCGAACAAUCAGGUCCUUCCAGAACCCCGCAGGAUGCUGGGGGCGUUGGACUGAGAGUCGGAACCAUGAUACCCAGCGCCCCGAGCCACGAUAUUAUUACUGACCCCGAAUCCAAGCUAAUGGAGCAAGUGCUUUAUCCAAGUGAAUUUAUAACCGGGGAGAGCGUUCCCAGCGAAGAGUUUUCAAUGGUAUCCGAUCCCUCAGUGGAUAGAUCUUUGAAACCGAAGCUAUCACAUUCGACUGGGCCGGCAACUGCCGGAGCAACGGGCUACCGGUCGAUUACGGUACCAAUGGAUACUUUGCGAAAGUUUCUAGCGCUUACAGCCGCCAAUACGGCUGCCAACCUGGAAACGUGCGCUAUUUUGGCCGGUUGUUUACGGCAGGCGAAAUUCGUUAUCACGCAUGUGAUAUUUCCGAAGCAGACCGGAACGUCCGACAGCUGUAACACGAUGUAUGAAGAAGAGAUUGCCAUUGCCCAAGACCAGCACAAUCUUAUCACGCUCGGAUGGAUACAUACACAUCCCUCGCAAACAGCAUUUUUGUCAUCUGUAGAUUUGCAUACGCACUGUUCGUAUCAGCUGAUGCUCGAAGAGGCAAUCGCGAUCGUUUGCUCGCCAAAGUAUCACGAAACCGGAUUCUUUAAUCUUACACCCGCCGGAAUGGAUGCGAUUUCUCAGUGCCGUCAAACCGGCUUUCACCCACAUUCGGCCGGACCUUCUCUAUUCGGGGAAGCCCAACACGUUAUACUGAAUGAAACGGAUACCGUAGAAGUGAUUGACCUGCGAUAGAUUUUUUUUAGGCCGUGUAUUCUGUUUGAUAUCGUUUAUUAUUUAAUAUUUCAUACGUACGUCUGUUGAAUCGCUACGGCGUAAGCAAGGCUGUCUAGCAUUUCGCAACUUGCCCACACAUUGCAAUCGUUGACUUAUAUUACAAUUAAUAAUCGACGGCCAACCCACCAGCGUGCGUUGUUUGAAGUUAAGCUGGACGGGUACAUUGGGCUCCAUUGCUUGUCGGUUUUCUUUCUACGCUCUAAAUUUUCAUUUAAUCCUAGAGGAACGAACUGAGCAGGUAUACACUGCAGUAAGAAUUAACAUGUAAAUGUAUAAUAUAAUAUAUAUCUCGCUCGGCUUUUUAUCUAUUACUACGGACAGAGCCAUAUUACCAAUAAUUUAAAUUUUGCAUUCAACUUGAUUCACAAAUGGAUUAGAUUUGUCAUAAAAUUUGUUUAAGUCGUUUUCCAUGGAGAAUCGUAUCGUAUCGAAUUCCUCAAUCCAAUCUAGUUCAUUGCGACAGUCAAUCAAUAAUUCCCUUUCUUUGUUAGAAAAAAUAGUCUAUUAUUUAUUUCGCAGUUUCAUUAUUAUGUUCUAGUUUUGCGUAUGUGAACAGGUGCACGAACGCAUGAGUGUAAUAACUUUUGCGCUUAUUAUUUUUCGUGAUUUCUUUUAGUUUGAUUGGUAUUCUGAAUUGUAGUUUCAUGUUUGUUACAGGGCUGUUUAUUGUUUUGUUUGCUUGGAGCAUCCAAAAAGAACAUGUUGGUCAGUUAGUUUCUGGUAUGUCGUGAAGAAAUCUAAUUUGUUUCCGUCUGUUUGAAGCGAAAGAAAAAGAACAAAAAGAAGUAAAACGUAAUACUUACUAUGAUCCAUGAUGCACAA